GAUCAGCAAUGGAAGCACUUUCGGGUAUGUUAAACUUUUGUAGGAAUAGACCGAGUGAAUUCAAGACUGUAGAGGAUGCGAUCUUAUGGAGCAAAAAAUCAGGUGCAAUUCGUAAUAUUGAAUCGGCCAGAAUUUCCGUACCUUGCCUAUUAACCGAACAAGAAACCUGUACGAAUAUUAAAAAAUAUACUUGGAGAACUGAUUUGGCUGCGACGCAACCCCAUUGGAGAGGGUGGUUUUCUGGAUUAUCCGAAAAAUUUCUAUCCUCCAAUGCUGCAAAAUUACUUAUCCUUGCUGGCACCGAUCGAUUAGACAAACCACUAACAAUUGCACAAAUGCAAGGAAAAUAUCAGCUCAUGGUGUUACCUGAGGCAGGACAUAUGGUACAAGAGGAUAUGCCAGAAAGAACUGCCUCGGCUUUAGUAGACUUCUGGAAAAGGAAUGAAAAAUUAGUAUUACCAGUAAAGAAACCUCUUGUAAUUGAUAAAUAA